AUGGAGAACUAUUCCUACUCUUCCUACCCUGAUUCCGGCGACUCCUCUCCUCGCUCCCGCGAGAUCGACGACACUCAAUCCUGGGACGAGCCCCCUUCCUCCAACUACAAGGUCAAGUUCAUGUGCAGCUACGGCGGCAAAAUCCAGCCCCGUCCUCACGACAACCAGCUCGCUUACAUCGGCGGCGAGACCAAGAUCCUCUCUUUGGACCGCACCGCCAAGUACUCCGCCGUCAUGUCCAAGCUCUCCUCACUAUGUGAAUCCAACCUCUGCUUCAAGUACCAGCUCCCCGGAGAAGAUCUCGAUGCCCUGAUCUCCGUCACGAACGACGAGGAUCUCGAGCACAUGAUGGCCGAGUUCGAUCGCCUCUGUCGCAGUGGCGCCUCCGCCAAGCCGGCUAGGUUGAGGCUUUUCAUCUUCAACCUAUCCCCUAGGAGGAGCUUCGGAUCCGGCGGCGGUGAGGCCAAAUCCGAAGGCCAGUGGUUUGUCGAUGCGUUAAAUUCCGUCCCUGUUGGCGGUGCAGUCCCUCCCCCGCCUUCGGCCGUUGUUUCGGAGGGGAAUCCGGACUUUCUGUUCGGUUUGGAGAAAGGCUUCCCGUCCGGCGUUCCGAUCGCAAAACUUGCUGAGUCCGCGCCGCUGGGUCAGCCCCCUCCCGUUCCAGAGGUUGUUGGCGGUGGUAUAGCCAGUAAGGACUUUUCUGCUGGGUCGGAUUGCGGGAACCAGCAACAACAACAACACAUCCAAGACUUUCAUCGAUUCCAAAUCAGUAAUCAUGAACACAUCGCCGUCUCCAACUCCAGAGGCUUCCCCGGAGAAUUCUACGUCCAGAAAGUCCCCGAGAAAAUGACUCCCGCCGGCCCCUCCCCUGUUCCCGUGCAUGUGCAGAUGCCAAUGCCUGGCACCUACGUUCAGGAGCGUCACGUGACCUCCGGACCAUAUCCUGUCUCGGCGCCUGCCGGAAACGAGCACCAGUUUUAUCUAAUCCCUACAUCAAACGGUAUGUACCAAGCUCAAGGGUUGAGACCAAUUACCGGACAAAUGGGUCAUCCAGGAUAUUAUGGAGCACAGAGAGUGUUGCAAGAGGCUUAUAGGGAACAACCAGCGGCGUACAAUGCCAUGCCGGUGACUGAACAACAGCAGCAACAACAACAACAACCGACUAAAGUUGGGGUUUACAGUGAAGGAAUGGGAGUUGUUCAACAGAAGGUCGGGCUACCGGAGCAACAGGGUUAUGUGCAAAUGGGUUAUGACAGCGCAGGGAGGCAAGUUUAUUUCACAUCGGCAUACCAGCCGGUGUCUGCUGCAACGCCCAUGGAUGCUAGGCAAGGUGUUGCUGCUGGUGGUGGUGCAGUUAAUCAGGAUGUUAAAGUUGCUGCAGCUGCUACCACAACUCCUACUUCAAAAGUUGCUCAAGUUCAAGCUUCUUCAGUGUAA